CUUUCUUCUACAUACAUAGAGAGAUGCUUCAGAGGCCAAUUUAGAAAUGUCUCAGUGUAACUUGGAGGAUAUUUAAGAUACAGAAGAAGAGUCUGAGUUGCAUGGAUUUAUUUUGGUAAAUAAAGUUUUAGCUGAGACAGCUGUGUUAUUUGCCAAAUACUUGGAGUGUGGAUUGGUGACAAUUUUGCUUUGCAUGUAAACUGCGGAGUUCGUUUUUUUUAUUUUUUUUUAUGUCAGUUUGUGAUGAAGCUGGGGGACUGGCGGGAGAAUAAAAAUAUCUGAUUAAUGGGGUGACUUUACGUGGAACAGCAUGUCUGGGCGAAGCGUUAGGCUAAAGCCAGUACCCAUCCAGAGUCUCUCCGAGCUGGAAAGAGUGAGACUGCAGGAGGUGGCAUUCAAUCGUCUGCUGCAGGACUAUGACCUGGGCUGCCAGAUAACUAUCCCCAGAGAUGGGCAAAAACGCAAGAAAUCAUUGAGGAGGAAGCUUGAUUCCUUAGCCAAAGAGAAGAAAGACAAAGAAUUUGUGCCUCAAGCUUUUGGCAUGCCGCUGUCCCAGGUGAUAACUAAUGACAGGACCCACAAACAAAAACAGGACUCCCAGAAAGAAGAACAGAAAGAAUCCCCUGAUCUGGUGACCUCCAUCUUACAGUUUGGAUUGAAGAGGCAAAACAAAGAACUCUCAAGCAGUAACUCAUCUCUCAGCUCCACAUCGGAAACGCCUAACGAGUCCACCUUGCCUAAUACACCUGAGGCAGCCCCUCGGACACGCAGACGGGGUGGAAUGUCUGUGGAUUCUAUCACAGACCUGGAUGACAGUCAGUCUCGACUGCUGGAAGCCCUGCAGCUCUCCCUGCCAGCAGAGGCUCAGAGCAAGAAGGAGAAGCAGAGGGACAAGAAGCUCAGCCUCAACCCCAUUUACAGACAGGUUCCCAGGCUAGUGGAUAGCUGCUGUCAGUAUCUGGAAAAAUACGGUCUUCAGACGGUAGGAAUAUUCAGAGUAGGAAGUUCAAAGAAGAGAGUGAGACAGCUCCGAGCGGAGUUUGACAGCGGAGUGGAUGUGCUGCUUGAUGAGGAGCAGAGUGUUCAUGACAUCGCCGCCCUGCUGAAGGAAUUCCUGAGAGACAUUCCCGACCCUCUCCUCACCAGAGAGCUCUACUCUGCCUUCAUCAACACUGUCUUGAUGGAAUCAGAUGAGCAGCAAAAUGCCUUGCAGCUACUCAUCUACCUUCUACCUCCCUGUAACUGUGACACUCUGCACAGACUCCUGAAGUUCCUGUCCACAGUGGCCAGUCACGCUGAAGAUAACUACGACAAGGAUGGCCAAGAGAUCACAGGGAACAAAAUGACAUCUCUGAAUUUGGCCACAAUAUUCGGCCCUAACCUCCUGCACAAGCAGAAAAGCACAGACAAAGAGUUCUCAGUGCAGAGCUCAGCUCGGGCCGAGGAGAGCACGGCCAUUAUUGGAGUCGUUCAGAGGAUGAUACAGACCUACGAGGCACUUUUCAUGGUCCCCCCCGAUCUUCAAAAUGAGGUGCUAAUGAGCUUAUUGGAGACUGACCCAGAUGUAGUUGACUAUCUGCUGCGUAGAAAAGCUUCACAAUCAUCAAUCCCUGAUCUGAUGAGGUCAGAUGGGUCUUUUACCCUGGGAGAGAGACACCCCUCCACAGACUCGAAAGCAUCGAGUGGGGAAGUGUCUCCCUAUGACAAUAACUCGCCGGUACUAUCAGAAAGAUUACUGUUUCAGAAGCAGGAGGAUAUCAGCCCCAGCUCGGAUAAACUCUUCAAGGUCCCUGAGCAGCACACGCUGGAUGGACAUUUAAAAUCCAAGUCGAAGGACCUGUCUCUGGGCCUGUGUGCUGGGAAAGAUAUUUUAGACGACCACACUGAUAUCUGGGGCGCCUGGCAUUCAACACUGAAACCAGGUUUGAGAGAUCAAGGCAUGACAGACUCCUCUGGGAACAUGUAUGAAUGCAGUUCGUCACAAGACAUUUCCUACCAUUCUCAAGGAGGUCUGACUUCUGAGUGGCUAGAAGGCCAUGACUCCACUUCACUCCCCAUGGACAAUGGGAAGCAGCCAGUCAGGAGGACUCAAACCACAGCAGGAGUCCAAGAAUGCAGAUCUCACCCUCCAGUUACCAGGGCCUGCAGCAGCUCCCAGGUGGAGGGGAGCAGAAAGCACUUUCAGAUGAGUUCAGACAAUUUAUACUUGAUGCCUGAGGGGCAUUCAGCUUCAAGCAGCGCCGAGGACAUUCCUCAGAAGAACCUCAACCCAGCCUGUUUAUUGCAGUGCAAACCCAAGCCAGGUUAUACCAAGCAUUGGGACAUCAACAGGAAUGAAAACAGACCUCCACCACCUUACCCAGGCCCCUCGAGGCAAAGCUUAGCAGGUACAAAACAGCAGGAACAGCCCAUUUCCCCAGCACUGCAGGCUGUGGAAAGACUUCCCAAGUAUGAGAAAAGCCCUACGCUCAUUGAGGCCUCAGGCCUGAAGGUUGCAUCCACAGAGCAGCCUAAGCUUAAUGUGGAACAGAUGCCACCCGUUUCCAGGAAUGAAGUAAACAAAGCCUACUCUACUCAGACAGGCAGCCAGAACAACAGGAACAUUGGGGAACAGGACUGGCAGGAGUGGCAGAGAGAACGGUGGCAGAUCUGGGAGCUCUUGUCUGCUGACAAUGCAGAUUCACUGCCAGAAACUCUUGUAUGAAUUCAGCUCAAGCUGCACCGUAUUAUUCUGUCACUUUAAUUAAAAGAAAACACAUUAGGAAA